UAGCCGUGAUUUUGGCUCGCUUGAAGUUCAACUGCUUUAUGUGCGUUAGUGCUUUUCACCUUCUGCUGCCCAAAUCUUAGAGACCGUUCAUAUUCUUAUGGAUGUCCGCGAACCAGCCGACCAUCAACAUUCUGAGGAGGAAGCAUGUCGUCCAUCAAAGCUGCGCUGAAGGCAGCUAAAGGUGCCCUAGAUGCUCAACAAUAUGAUGAGGCCAUUGAGAAAGCAAACGAGGUGCUCAAGUCCGAUGGCAAGAACUAUUUUGCGCGACUGUUCCUCGGACGCGCUCUCGACCGAAAAGGUCAGAAGCAGGAAGCCGCUCAAGCAUAUCAGGCUGCCGCGAAGCUCAAACCCGACGAUGACCAAGCGUGGAUUGGUUUACGGAGUGUUUAUGAGACACAAGGGCCGAAUAAACUGAAGGAGUACAUCUCGGUAACCAGGAAGCUUACCGAGAUAUAUGCCAAUUCGGAUGAUAAAGACCGCUGUUUCGCUGCACUCGACAAGGUCAUCCAAUUCGCGAAGAAUCAUGGAAGCAAGCUCCAAUACGCGGCGGCGCUGGAGCUGCAACUUCCGGAUUCGCCCGCGUACGAUUGCCUCGAAGGACGGAUACCGCGACCAGCCUAUACGUACAUCACGAUCGCCGAUGUACUCGAGGCGGAGGAGAAGUCACGAAUCAACCGCGAGAUCGGCGAACGAAGAACUAGAAUCGGUGCCCGCAUCGCACAAGUCACCGUGGAAGUCAAACUCGAAGUGCUUGGGACCAGCAAGCUGGAGGAGAUUUACCAGAACAUCAUCGAUUGGACAAGCGACGACGAGACACGGCGACAAUACGAAGAAAGGCUGCUUCAACGAGCGGUCGAGGUUCUCGAGGUGCUGCCGCCACAGGAAAAAGGCACAAAGUUGGUGCAGGUACAGAAGCUGGCGCAUGAUAUGGUGAUCAUCGAGCAUCCGUUCGAGCCAGCUUGGAAUAUCGAGAUCGAGUGGCAGGACGGCGACAGCCUAGCUGAAUGGGACCAAUUGACACUGCGCCAGUACAUUGCGUUCUUCCCGGAUAGUGGACUCUCCAAGGUGCUCAACGGUUUCUUGGAGUCCGAAAUCAGCCCGUUUCCAGCCAAGGCCGCCGAAAAGAAGGAGGAUACUGCAGAUACUGAAGCUGAAGAAGAGACGCUCGCACCUGAAGAUAGGCUGCACUCGGCACUCGCGCACAGGAUCAUGGCGACUUUCUACUCACAUUUAGAAGAGCACCAACUGGCCGUGGAUAUCGCCAGAGACGGAAUUUCACUCACACAAGCCAUCGCUGACGGGUGUGGGCUGUCAGUGCAGAAGAACUUGGACGAUUUACGAUGCAUCCUUGCGAACCACCCACAAGCCAAAGCCAUCUUCCACGAGAUCCUAAGACGACGGCAAGAUCUCACUCCCGCCCUUCUCGGCAUUGGUCUCAUCCUACAAGAAGAGCAGGACUAUACCUCCGCAAUCUCCUUCCUCGCCAAAGCUCACGAACGGGAUCCCUACAACGCCCAGAUCUUCAGCGAACUCGCCUGGUCCAAAGCCCUCAACGGCGACUACCAAUCCGCCCUCCCCGAUCUCCUACAAGCUCUCUCCGCCCUCUCCCCCACCGAACCCCGCCUUCGCGACCUCCGCGCCCAAAUCCUCCACCGCAUCGGCGCCUGCCAAUGGGAACUCAACCCCACCCGCCUCGCCCGCAAAGACCGCUCCGGCGCCUACACAAACUUCCUCGCCUCCAUCAAAGCGAACAUCAACCACGCCCCUCCCUACACCGCCCUCGGCAUCUACUACGCCGACUACGCCCGCGACCGCAAGCGCGCCCGCCAAUGCUUCCAGAAGGCCUUCGAGCUAUCCGCCGCUGAAACGUUAGCGGCGGAGCGCCUCGCGAAGGACUACGCCGAUCUGCGCGACUGGGACGUCGUCGAGAUGAUCGCGCGGCGGGUCAUCGACUCGGGCUACGCGAAGCCGGCGCCAGGGUCGCGGCGGAAGGGGCUCAGCUGGCCAUUCGCAGCGCUCGGGGUGGUGCAGAUCAACCGGGCGGAUUACCCCGGUGCGAUUGUGAGCUUCCUUGCGUCCGUGCGGAUCGACCCAGGCGAGUAUCAUUCGUAUGUGGGGUUGGGUGAGGCGUAUCAUAACUCGGGGAGGUAUAACUCGGCGGCGCGGACGUUGCGGUAUGCGGAAAGUCCGGAUGAUGGGGUCGAGAUGCGAAAGCCGGAGGAGACGUGGUUCGCGGAGUAUAUGUUGGCGAAUGUGAAUCGGGAGUUGGGGUUGUUCGAUGAGGCGAUUGAGAUGUAUGAGGCGAUUGCAUUGCUGCAGACGCUUGUUGACCGAGCUUGGAGGAAUAUUGAGGUUGGUUUCUUUGGACGCGCGUUUGAUAGCGCCGUUGGAGCUUUGGCUGUCGCAGCGAGGAUUGCGAAAACGAAACCGGAUGCCUUCAAUCUCUGGAAAUCGGCGCGAUUGUCUGAAGUGCCGUUUGAGAACAUCAUCGCGUUGCUCAAGAAAGGCGUUGAAGUGAGCCAGUACGAGUUCUUUGCGGACGUUGACGGAGUUGAUGGCUCGUGCCUUGAAAUGCCGAAAGAAGAGGACGGAGUUUCGAUUACCAUCAUUCAAUUGAGACGAUGCGUCGAAGCUGCGAUACUUGCACAGAAACGCGGUAUCAUGCACACAUUGCAAGACAUUCACGCGCAAGCGGUCGCCUGGUACAAUCUAGGGUGGACGGAGUACCGAGCACAUACGUUGCUCGAGCGAUAUUCUUCUGCUGAACCCCGCCUGAAGAAAUCACUCCGUGCCGCCAUGCGCUGCUUCAAGCGUGCCAUCGAGCUCGAAGCCUCCAACUCGGAGUUCUGGUGUUCCCUAGGAGUCGUGACCACGACAUUGAACGCCAAAGUCGCGCAGCACGCCCUUGUCCGAUCGAUCAACAUCAACGAGCGCAAUGUCCGAGCCUGGACGAACCUGGGGGCUUUGUACCUUAUCCAUAAGGACUAUGAACUCGCCCAUCAGGCGUUCACUCGUGCUCAGAGCACCGAUCCGGACUACGCAAAUGCCUGGGUGGGAGAGGGCAUUUUGGCUGGCCUUUGUGGCGAUAGGAAGGAGGCCUUACAGCAUUUCACCCACGCGUUCGAACUCGCGGAGUCGUCAUCGAAGCUCACGAAGGAGAUGUUCUCGGUCACCAGCUUCGAUGCGGUUGUUGACGAAGCGCAUAAGAGCGUACAACCCAACGCCACGCAAGACGUCGUUCGCCCGCUGUUUGCGCUGCGCCAGCUAGGCCUCCAAGUCGCGGACGACGCUGUCUUCUCCCACCUCCGCACCCUCUACCUCGAACGCGUCCAAGACCACGAGCACGCAGCCCUAGACCUCGACAUCCUCUCUUCCCGCUUCGAGGAAGAAUACGAGGCCACCGAAUCCACACAAUCCAUGCUCCGUUUCGCCCAAGCGAAAGCGGACGCAGCCCGCAACAAGCUCGCGCUGAGGGACUUUGAAUCCGCGAUUGACGACGCCGAUCUCGCCACGCAGCUCGCGGAAGGAGACGAGGAAGACGAAGACGAAUCCUCGAAAGGAACAGAAACCGCCAAAGACAUGCAGCGCAUCCGCCUCUCUGCCCGCCUCACCCAAGGUCUUGCCCGCUACUAUCAAUCCGACAUGGACGGUGCUCUCGCCGCCUUCCGCGCCGCGCUGCACGACAGCGCCAGCUCCCCAGACGUCGUGUGCCUCCUCGCGGAGGUGCUCUGGGCAAAAGGCGGCCCAGGCAGCGACGAGCGCACGGUGGCGAAGGAGCAGCUGUUCGCGGCGAUCGAGCGGGUGCCGGAGCACGUCGGCACGGUGGUGCGGCUGGGGGUGAUGGCGGCGAUCGAGGCGGAUGAGGCGGCAGCGGAGGCGGUGCAGGUGGAGUUGCUGGGAAUGCGGAUGCGGGAGGACUUGGACGAGGGGACGCGGGCGAGGGUGGAGCGGGUGUUGGAUGCGUUGGUGGAAUUAGUGGGUGGUGGGGAGGCGGGGGCGGAGCGGAGGAGCGCGGUGUUGACGAGCGUGAUGAUUUCGCCGGGGAUGCCGCAUGGGUGGAUGGAGGUGGCAGAGUUGGGGGAGGAGGCGGGGAUGGAGGGAGAGACGCGGUUCGCGAGGGAGAUGGCGGUCACGACGGCGUGGAGGGCGGUGCCGCCGAGGGGGACGCUGGGGCCGGAGGAGUUGGCGAGGGCGCUGGCGGAUGAAGGGACGGUGGCGAGUGCGCAGAGGGCGGUGAUGGCGGCGCCGUGGGAUGUCGCGGGAUGGACGGCGCUGAGUCGGAGGGUUGUCGCAUGA